AUGGCGGUCGCCGGCACGCAGACGAUCGCGGGCGUGCCCGUGGAGCUCGGGCAACCCGUGCACAUCAACACGAAGAAGCAGCUGCAGCGCCAGAUCAACUCCAUCGUGGGCUGGAACGACCUGGACCGCGCGCCGAUAAACGUGGCGCAGACCAUGCUGCGCGGCAACGAGCACCAGGUGGGCGAGCACCCGUACUUCGUGUGCGAGAAGUCGGUGGGCGUGCGCUACCUGGCGCUGCUGGUGCAGGGCCGCUGCUACCUCAUCUCGCAGAACUACGACAUCCGCGAGGUGGCGCUCUUCUGCCCCGUGCGGCCCGACCGCCUGCAGCCGGGCGUGGACCGCAACACUGUCGUGCCCCACCAGUGGACGAUCCUGGACGGCCUCAUGGUGUGCGACAAGGACGGCAGCAAGUCGGUGCUCACGCUACUGCUGUACGACAUCCUGGCGCUCAACGGCAGCCCCGUCAUGACCUCCAAGCUGCAGGAUCGGCUCAAGCUCAUCCAGAACGACGUCGUGGGGCCGCGCAAGCAGCUGCCGCCGCCCAAAGGACAGCCGCCCGACAUGUUCCAGCUCGUGCUGCAGUCCAUGUACCCCAUCAACCGCGUGGGACACGUGAUCCGCAGCAUUCUGCCCCGAGUCUCGCAGACGCGGCAGAAUGCGGGACUGGUGUUCACGCCCGUGCUGCUGCCGUACACGCCAGGGUACUCCAAGGGGCUGUUCCAUUGGACGCCGACCUCCAUGCUGUUUGCUGACUUCCAGCUGGGCGUGGAGUGGCGAGGCCGACCGCCGAAACCGGGAUUCAAGCUGGUCAUUCAUGACAAGCGCACGCAGGUCUUUCAUGACUGGAUCACUUUCGCGCCGGACGACUUCGAGGCCUUUCGGCAGGACAAGAAGGCAUCAUCGCGCAUUGUGGAGUGUGUGUACGACCCUGAGUGGCUCACGUAUAUCCCGUCGCACGACAAAAGCACAUGGGACUCCGGCAGCACGGAGUUUAACGCCACAGACAGAGGAGUUGGAUGGCGAAAGGGCGGUUGGAGAUUUAUUCGAUGCCGUCCAGAUCGCGGGAUGCCGCUAGAGCGCAAUUUUCUGACGAUGAUUGAGAAAGCGGUUGGUGAAGACAUUAAACUGGAGGAGAUCGAGCGAUUUUUCCCCGAUGACCCAAGCAAGAAGCCGAUGUCGUCGCAGCAGAAGAAUCGUCAUGACACCCCGUCGACGUCAGACGACUUUGCCCCACCUAACAAAAAGAAGCGCGGUGGAGGUGGAGCAGGUGGGAGUCAAGGACCUGGCACAGGCGUGUGUUACGACUUCCAGAACAAGGGUGUAUGUCAACGUGGUCGGUUCUGCCACUUCUCGCAUUGCGCUUGCAACUCUACGUGUUCGUGCACACCGACCAAGAAUACUUACGGUACACAACUUCUGGUUUUGAGAGAAGAUGACUGGUAUGUGAAGCUAACGGUUUGCUUGUUUUCAGGCCAACGACCUUCUUACAGGAGAAACGACUACGAUGCUCCGCCGUCUCCUGAAGUACCGCCUUCAUCGAUCGCUGAUGCAAGUUCAGCACCUGACAAGUCUCCAUCGUUACGCCACACAAAUUCGUUCGAGCGGGAUUCGAAGAAUGAUGGGGCCGCAGGAGAGGAAGAAGAGGCUGGCGAGUUGACCGACAACAGUGCGUUGCAUCCCUGCGAUGGCUAG